UGUCGUUUGGCUACCCACUGGCUCUGUGGCAGUACUUAUAUAUUUCACUCCAGGGCAGCUUUGACGGUAUGCUGCAGGGCUCACCAAAUGACUGUUAAUAUCGCCAGGAAAUUUGUCGGUUCCGUUAAAGACGAUUGGCAAUUGUAUAGUGACCGUUCCACGGACUACACUAUCGGAUCUCCCAUCGGUUUUGGAGCAUCAUCUGUGGUCUAUGCUGCUGUAUAUAAUCCUCCCCCGCCAGGGCCACAACGCCCUAUGCCAUGCGCAUUGAAAGUUCUUGACUUAGACGUACUGCCCCCUCAGUCGCUGUCUUUGUUACAGCGGGAGACACAACUCAUGUCCCUGUCAAAACACCCAAAUGUGCUACGUGUACGUGGUAGCUGGAUGGUUGGCCAUAAAUUAUAUAUUGCCCUCCGCCUCAUGAACAAGGGUAGCGCCGCCGACAUAAUGCAUUACGGUUGGCCCGGUGGAAUGGAAGAAGAGGUUGUAAAAUGCAUCCUCAAGCAAGCCCUCGAAGGCCUCAACUACCUGCAUAUUAACGGAUUUAUCCAUCGCGACAUUUUGCUAGGCGACCUCGGGGUAGCCGCAUCUCUCACAGAUGAUGCUGAUAUGUCCAGUAGAUCUUACAAUGACACUGGCAAUCGUGUUAUCAACUUUGACCCCGUGUCUCCUGCCAACAGCUCCUAUCCUGCAUCCCCACUUGCGCGUCCUGGUAUGGGAAAGCGACAAUCGUUUGUCGGGACCCCCUGUUGGAUGGCGCCCGAGCUUAUUCAGGGUCAUCGUUAUGAUUCGAAGGCUGACAUCUGGUCAUUUGCAAUAACUGCUAUCGAGCUUACCCAAGGUCGUCCUCCACGAUCGAGAGAAAGUGCUCAUAAUGUCCUUUUGCAGACCGUUCAGGGUAAACCGCCGAAGCUUGAUUCGGUAGGGGGUGUUCACCGGUAUUCACGCGCUUUCAGGGACGUAGUCGAUGCCUGUCUAGUUAAAGACCCCUCUAAACGUCCGACGGCUGCGAAGUUGCUUCUCACCCCAUUUUUCAAGUCUGCCAAGAAGAAAUCCUAUUUGGUCAGCACAAUAUUAGACGGCCUCCCACCCCUUACAAUGCGCCAAGAACGUCGCAGACAUAAUCCGAGCACGGUUACUCAUGGAACAGUGGAAUCGUGGGACUUUAACUCUACAGAGACAAAUCCAUCAUCAUUCACUUUGGGUCCAGGACGAGAUAGUUCAGGGGGUGUAUCCAGAAGGGGAGGUCUCGAUGUUGGAUCAAACGAUCACCAGUUAACUCGCUCAGUACAUCCAAGAUUCGAGCGUUCACACGGUAUCACAGAAGAAACGACGUCAAUCAUGCCUACUUCAGACUCGACGUCCAUCGACGUCCAAGCUCUGGAUCUUGAGAACGAGAAGACGGUCGAGUUUCUCCUUUCGGGUUCGCAAGCCCACGCUGGAUACGGAGAAUCUUCAAGUUCGGAUUCGUCAUUUCCUGCAUCGCCACCUGCAUAUGUGCCUAAACCACGUCCCGUUCCUGUUCCUAUUCCUAUUCCAAUGCGGGCGUCACCCAACGUUCGUAUUUCAUCUUUCCCGUAUUCCAAAGACGGUCCGGCCUCUGCCCCCACCUCUCCCCCAUCAUCGGUUUCUCCGAAACUUUGGCAGCGCCUAACCCGCGCCACUUCCCGUAAUGCCAUAAACGAAGAGACACCUACCAAAGAGAAGACAGUGAGCGGGUUAUCGCGUAUGCUCAGCAGGCGGAGCUCUGCUUCUUUGGCUCAACGUCCUAUCGUCUCAUAACUUUUACCAUCGUCAAGGCUACACUAUCUACACCAAAUAUUACACAGGACAUCGAAUUUUAUCUACAGCCAGUCUACUCCCUAUCCAUCAUUACAGCUGAUUCCAUACCAUGUAGCAUCGCAAAAUUUGCGCGUCGGAAAUGCCCAGAAGAGGACCCUGUAAGCACCUGAGUGAGACAUUUGUGGGAGUGCUAGUGUACAUCUGCAAUUCACCGAUCAGAAGACAAUGUUGUUCUUCCUCAGAGAUACCUGAAUCCAAGGUUACUUUCAUUAUUCAUCUUAAUACACACCAAGAUCACUACUGAAAGUCCUUAACGGCAAAGCAAGUGAUUUCCAUGAAGGUCAAGGAACUCAUCCGAAACAGUGCGCGGCGACAAAUAUUGGACACAACGCAGACUUGGAAUCAAGCGCUGUGAAUCUCUCACCUUGUGUGCUUACCGAUCCUUGUCCGGGCGUUUACAAAGGUUCUAUUCCAACCAGUUGUAAGUCGUUACGAGUUUG